AUGUGUACCCGCACGUUAACUAAAAUGACUAUUUUGAUGAAUCACAUAAAUAAAUUGAGUCCGAAUCAAGCACGAUCCAUUAUUAUAUUGGCACCUCAAGCGAGUAAUCAUGACGUUCGAGUGAUAAAAGUAAUAUUAGCAAUAAGAAAUAAUCCACAACGAACUAAAAUUAAUUUUCAUGUUGUUGCUGAAAUAACCGAACGAAUUAAUUUGGAUGUGGCAUUGAUUGCAGGUGGAGAUGAAGUUAUGUUUUUCCAUGCCGAUGAAAUCAUUGCACGCAUUAUCGUUCAAUCAGGUCGACAAAGUGGUUUGGGUACUAUAUUAUCCAGUCUAUUAUCAUUUCGAGACGAUGAAAUUUAUUUUAAACAUGAGAAAGCACUUAUUGGUAGAACAUUUCAUGAUGCUGUAUUUGCAUACGAGAAAUGUUCGGUAAUUGGACUGAUGCUAUCCAAUGGAACAGUUUUAUUGCUUCCACCGUUGGAUACAGUAAUCAAUGUAGAUGAUCAAAUAAUACUUAUAGCUGAAGAUGAUGAUAAAAUUAUAUUAGCAUCUAAUUAUUUAGCAUACAUAGCUAAAUAUUCUUCUCCAGUAUCAUUGCAUUUAAUAAAUCUUAAUACAAUUCAAUUAUCAAAAACUACAGCAGCAAAAGUAGAACGAAACAUUAUAUGUGGCUGGAAUAAUAAAACUCCAUUAAUAGCUAAAGAAUUGGAUAGUUAUGUUUUGCAAGGUAGUGAACUUCAUAUAUUAACAGAUUCUGUUGAUGCAAAGACAUUCGUAUCAAACCAAUUAGUUAAUGAAUUAAAACAUCAAAAGUUAUAUUUUCAUUCAGGUCAUAUGACACGCCGACAUGAUUUAGAAAAACUAAAUUUAUCAAUCUUUGAUUAUGUUAUUCUAGUACCCAGUGAAGACGGAGAAAAAAUUUUCAGCGAAGAAGCAGAUGCUGAAUGUCUCAUUUGUUUAUUAUAUAUACGAGAUAUAAUUGAGAAAUCAAACUGGCAAAAAAAAUUUAGUAUUGUAACAGAAAUGUAUAACGCGCGUAAUAGUGAACUGGCUGAUAUGACAUGCGCAGACGACUAUAUAAUUGCUCCAAAUUUAAUAUCAAAAUAUAUUGCACAAUUAUCUGAAAAUAAAAACAUAAAAAAGGUGUACGAUGUUUUGUUAACACCUGAGGGUCCUGAAAUUCUUUUAUGUCAAGCAUCCAUCUUUGUUCCACUAUAUACACCAGUGAGUUAUUAUGAAGUUUUACAAUCAACAUUAAAAUUUCAAUGUGUGGCUGUUGGUUACAGAUUAAUGAAAUAUGUACGUGAUCAAACAAAAAACUAUGGCAUCGUUGUAAAUCCAAAUAAACGAGAACAAAUAAUAUUUGCAGACAAUGAUAAAAUUAUUGUUUUUGCUGAUGAAACAGUUGUAUUCCCGAGUUUUCAGCACCAGAUUUCGAAUAGUAGGCUCUAA